AUGUCGCAGUCACCCAAACGUCCCUCGCUUUCCGAGGCUUCCGAGGCUUCUCAGCCACUCUUGAAUUCUACCGAGAGUGAAGCUGGCAAGAAUAACGAUGGACCCCUACCGACGUACACCGAAUCAAUCUCUACUCAGGCCAAGGAUGGCGUCACUACGGCAGGGUUGAACCCCGUCCCAGAUCUACCCGCCGCUCUCAAGGCUGGGGAUACUCUUACCCAGCAUCACGAUCCUGAGCUUGAUGAUGGAAAAGAUGAGCCGCCACAAAGCCAGUGCACCGAGCUCCCUGCCUGUGGCGAGGAGAGCGCUCCGGAAAUCCAGAUAGCUCAUUCGGCCAGCCGCGCAUUGUCACGGUCGCCCAAGCGUUCGUCAUCCCCUGAUGCUUCUGAUACUCUCCCCAAGCCUAAGCGUCAUGAGCGUGAACCCCCCGGCGAAGAGUUGGAGUCUCUCCGAAAACCUCACAUAACGCUCCCUCCCCCCGGUACGGAUAUUCUUGCCACGGAAAGGCUAGGCCUCCUCCCUAACCACGGCGACGGAGAGGAUGAACAUGUUCCAAAGCAGACCGUCGACUCGUCCGCUGGCAGCGACAGCAGCGGCGCUGUAAGCCACCCGAGUCAGGCUCCGAAGCUCUCCUCUACACCUCAUUUGCCACCUCUUACCGAUGAGAGUGCUGCUCCAGGAGAGCCCACAAGCCCAAGCCUUCCUGUCCAGGCCCACGCCAACGUCCUUGCUUCUGAAGAAGAUCAAGCACCACGGUGGGCCCUUCACUUUACGACCUACAAAACUCUGAUUCAGACUGAGGAGAUUGCAAUAUCUGCCCUUUGGAGUCGCCUCAAGUGCGCUGUUGAAGCGUUUGCGCAAUUUUGUCUCCCAACCAAAUGCUCCUGGGAUGAACUACCCACCACACACCAAGAAGAAGUCCGGACAUGGGCAUCGAAUCCCGAGGAUUACCUGAACUCGAACUUGUCACCCGAUGUGACUAGUUUUUAUGCCGCCUGGCUGUUUCGCCUGCUCGAUCGCCAUUUGUUCUCUGGCAAAGACCGAGACAAGUGGGACGGGCCAGAUUGGCAGAGUUUUGGCGCCAUCUGGGCGUCUGGCAAAGCCCAUUUACGCGAGCCAAAUGGCUUGUUCGCUGUCAAGUACCACCACUGGCGUAAUCUCUCCGUCCAGACACUGGCUGACAUGCAUCCCGAGCGGCGUCAUGUCGACCCUCUCUGGCUACGGAAGAAGAUUGAAGAGUGGAUGGAGCAUCUUCCCUUUGCUUCAGAGACGGAUCAAUCCGAACACGAAUACGAAUGGGAAGAGUUGAUGAAAUCCGCCAUCAACAUGGAUAGCCUGAUCAUCACAGCUCGGCGGAACAUCAAAAUGCGGCUGUCUGACUCUGCCACCCACAAAGACCACGGUUUCCCCUUCGUACCUGACAAAAUGACGCCCUGCAUUGCGUCCAUGCAAAGGAGAAGGGUCGGCAUGGACAAGGUGGUCGACUUCGUCAUGUUCCCAACACUGCUCGCCUACGGCAAGAACAAGAACACGACGUUUGGGCCUGAGGAGCGCCCAGCGGAGAGUGUCUUGUGCCCCUUCGGUAGAAGUUGGGAUGAAGUUUCCGAGGAGAUUAGUAUGGUAGUGUACUGCCGCUAG